AGGGUAGCCAGGGAGGAGUUUUUGUCAGCUGUCGGGUUUUAGCCACUGGCUGGAUGUGCGGACGAUAUCGUCGCGUCUUGGUUUUCUAGAUACAGUAUCAGCUUUCCCUUGUCUCGAGCACCUGCGCGUCCAUAAAAACCUGGAUAGGGGUUUGAACCACAAGAACUUCUUGAAGGCAGGGGUCGCAGAGUAUCCGUGAAGCCAUGGCGGAACAUCUCGCAUCCAUCUUCGGCACAGAGAAGGAUAGGGUGAAUUGUCCUUUCUACUUCAAGAUCGGCGCCUGUCGCCAUGGCGACCGUUGCUCGCGUCUACACAACAGGCCGACGAUUAGCCCGACGCUGCUCCUGGCGAACAUGUACCAGCGGCCGGACAUGGCGACGCCGGGCGGCGAGCCGGACAAGACGAUGGACCCGAAGAAGAUCCAGGAGCACUACGAGGACUUUUACGAGGAUCUGUUCGAGGAGCUCAGCAAGUACGGCGAGCUCAACAGCCUCAACAUUUGCGACAACCUUGCGGACCACAUGGUCGGCAACGUCUACGUCAAUUUCCGCGAGGAGGAGCAGGCCGCGACAGCUCUCAGAGCCCUGACCGGCCGAUUCUACGCAGGCCGGCCCAUCCUGGUGGACUUCUCGCCGGUUACGGACUUCCGCGAGGCCACUUGCCGCCAGUACGAGGAGAACACGUGUAACCGCGGCGGCUACUGUAACUUCAUGCACCUCAAGAAAAUCAGCAGGGAGCUACGACGGAAGCUCUUCGGCGACAGGAGGCGAAGCCGCAGCCGCAGCCCUCCUCGCGGCGGCGGCGGCCGAAACGACCGUUACGACGACCGGCGCGGCGGCGGCGGGUACGGCUACGGGCGCGGGGGCGGCGGAGGCCGCGGCCGCUACGACGACCGCCGCUUCGACGACCGCCGUCGCGGGCGACGGUCGCGCAGCCGCAGCCGAAGCCCCGUGCGCGAGGGCAGCGCGGAGCGACGCGCGAAGAUCGAGCAGUGGAACCGCGCGCGGGAGGAGCGCGACAGGCCGCCCGCUGGCGGAGGGGGAGGCGCCGCAGGGGGAGGAUACGAGGGAGGGGAUCGCGGGGGGGCUGAUAGGGGGGGUUACCAGGGGGGAGGAGGGGGAGGAGGGUAUGAUGGGUAUAACGGAGCGUACGGGGGAGGGGGCGGGGGUGGUGGCGGCGGCAGGGGAGGUUACGAUGCCUACGGUGCUGGUGCUGUUGGUGCGGGUGCUGGUGGGGGGUACCAGGAUGGUGCUCCGCCGCGUGACAACCGCGACUAUGGUCCGCCUGUUGACGCGCGUGGGGGGUAUGGCGCGCCUGCAGGGGACUAUAGGGGCGCGCCAGGGGGUUACGGUGGUUACCAGGGCGAUGGCAGGGACGGAGGGUAUGGCCCUGGUGCGGCGGGUGGUGCUGGUGGUGGUGCACCACCAGUGCCGCCGCCGCCGCAGCAGCAUGAGCGCGGGUAUGAGGGGUACGGAGCUGGAGGAGGCGGUGGGGACAGGCGGGACUACCCUCCGCAGCAGUACUAAACCCUGCGCUGCACCGAGAAGGCCCGUUGCGGUUGCGUGAGCAGCGCAGUCGCUGCCUACUCGCCUGCCUGCCUGUGCGUGUGCAGCUGCUUUCGGUGUUCCUGCAGCUGCAGGAGGCUGUAUCUGGGCGGCUGGACUCGUCUUCUCCGCCCUCGCCACAUCUCCUAUGCGCCUGAUCGUCUGCCCUCUGUCUUCUGCCUCUUCUACAGGCAGCGCGGCAUGUUGGAGAUUUUUGCGUUGCUGUUUCUUCUUACGUGCAGGGGGCUAGAGAUUCCGUUCUGCUGAUGUGCAGGAAGCGUUGGAGACGGAGCUGUCUCGUCAGUGCUGCUUGCUGCUGCUUUGGCGUCUACACUUGGAGCUCUCACCUCUUGCCCCUGUGCAGGGGUGCUGAGAGGGAAUCCGGCUGUCGGAUGUCCUUGUGUUCUGGGUCAUGCAUGCUCUUGCAUGUGCUUCUGUGAAUUGCAGGGGUGCUGUUUUGCAGGGCCACAGGGUAGCAAGACAGGAAUUGUUUGCCACAUUGUCUUUUCGUUUUCAGACUAAAUGUGUGUUCCUUGUGCAGCAUGCAGGGUCAGGGUGCAAGGUGUAGCAGGUCUAGAGUCAUUUCAGGGGCAGGUCAAGGAAGAAAACAGGAACAGGGGGCUUACUUUUCUGUGUUUGUGCAGUGCAGCUUGCAGGGUCAGGUGCAGGGAAAUGGGCAGGUUCUAGCAGGGUUCGUGUCCUUUCAUUGGCAGGUUAAGGAAGAACACAGGAUCAGGGAGCAUAAUGUCUGCAGCAUGCAGGGCCAGGUGCAGGUGCAGGGGCAUGGGCAGGGGCAGGUUGUAGCAGAGUUAUGUAUGUGUAACAGGCAGGACAAGCAACACAGGGACAGGCCAGGGCAGAGUGCAGGAUCAGGGUCUGGGACAGGCACAAGAAUAGCAACAGUGAAGUGAACAAACCAGAAGCAGUAACUGUAGUUGUAGGUGUAGGAAGAUGGUGCAGAAUGCAGUAACAGGAGCAGGCUUACUCAUGAACACAUACAGGGCCUCAGAUUUCAGGAUGUUUUGUCCAGAAUUCCUGAUUUUCAGGAUGGAAGUUAGGUGCCAGUCCUGAGUUUCCAGUUUGAUCCCAUUUCUCACCCCGUAAUUUUAGUUUAGAGUUGUGUACCAGCCCUGUACUUUCAGUAUGCC